AGAACAAAAUGAAAGACACGCCGUUAUCAAACUGCGAGCGGCAGUUCCUUCUCAAAGCUGUCGAGGAGAAAAAGCGUGUAGAUGGCAGACAGACUUAUGACUACAGAAAUAUUAAAAUCACAUUUGGCACAGAAUACGGAUGUUGCAUCGUAGACCUGGGGAAAACAAGAAUCCUUGCACAGGUGUCCUGUGAGCUUGUCCCUCCUAAAGACUCGCGCCCCACAGAAGGAAUCCUGUUUUUCAACCUGGAGCUUUCACCUAUGGCAUCACCUGCGUUUGAACUUGGCAGGCAGUCUGAGUUGCUGGUUAAGUUGAACAGGCAGCUGGAGAGGUGUUUGCGGAACUCUAAAUGCAUAGACACAGAGUCUCUGUGUGUGAUCUCAGGGGAGAAGGUGUGGCAGAUCCGUGUGGACGUGCACGUGUUGAAUCACGACGGUAACUUGAUGGACGCAGCGAGCAUCGCCGCCAUCGCUGCCUUGUCGCAUUUCAGACGCCCUGAGGUCGCCAUCCAGGGACGCGACAUCACCGUGUUCACUCCUGAGGAGAGGGAUCCGAUUCCCUUAAGUAUCUACCACAUGCCCAUCUGUGUUAGCUUUGCCUUCUUCCAGCAGGGCACCUAUCUGCUGGUGGACCCAUGUGAAAGAGAAGAAAGGGUGAUGGAUGGAUUGCUGGUCAUCGCUAUGAACAAACACAGAGAGAUCUGCUCUAUUCAGUCCAGCGGGGGUAUCAUGUUACUCAAAGAACAAGUGCUGAGAUGCAGUAAAAUUGCCAGCGUGAAGGUAUCUGAGAUAACUGAACUUAUCAACAAAGCCUUAGACAAUGACAAGAGAGCCAGGAAGGAGGGUGGGAAGUUUGGCUUUGCCGAGUCAAUGCCCAAAGAGCGAAUCACAGCACUGAAAAAAGAUGAAGCCCCGGUAGAGAUGACAGACGUCCAGGACACAGCCAAUGAGAUCAUUAGUAGAACAGAGGCCCAGCCUGACAUCGUAAAAGUGCCCUCACCCGUUGUUCCAGCCCCUGGGACCGGUCAAGUAGGGGAGGGGUUACUGAACACAUGGGGCCUAGAGGAGGAGGAAGAUGAAGAAGAGGAACAGCAUGAAAAAGAGGAAAUGAGCACAGGUGAAGUGAUGGUACUCUCGGACAGCGAAGAAGAUGAUGUGGUCAUUUUGAAUCCGGACGCAAACAAACCUAAGAGGUUGGAAGGUGGUUCAAAAAAGGGGGUAGAGGCACCAAAGAAACAAAAGACGUCGCAUUGAACCCACUGUGCUGAUCCCCAG